GGCCGGCUGUGCGGCCGUCGCUGCCUCCCGGCGCCCCGCAAGCAGGAGGUGGAGAAGGGAGAGGGCCCCGCGGGCGUCCGCCUCGGCCGGCCGCCUUCUCCCCGAGGCGACCCGUGCGAGUGCGGCCGGACCCAGAUUUGAUAAUGGGCUGCAUUAAAAGUAAAGAAAACAAAAGUCCAGCCAUUAAAUAUACACCGGAAAAUCCUACAGAGCCUGUAAACACAAGUGCCGGUCAUUAUGGAGUGGAACAUGCUACAGCUGCCACGACCUCUUCCACAAAGGGAGCAUCAGCUAAUUUUAACAGUCUUUCCAUGACACCCUUUGGAGGGUCCUCUGGGGUGACUCCUUUUGGAGGAGCAUCUUCCUCAUUCUCAGUGGUGCCAAGUUCAUAUCCUACAAGUUUAACAGGUGGUGUCACUAUAUUUGUGGCCUUAUAUGAUUAUGAAGCUAGAACUACAGAAGACCUUUCCUUUAAGAAGGGUGAAAGAUUUCAAAUAAUUAACAAUACGGAAGGAGACUGGUGGGAAGCAAGAUCAAUUGCUACCGGAAAGAAUGGUUAUAUCCCUAGCAAUUAUGUAGCGCCUGCAGAUUCCAUUCAGGCAGAAGAAUGGUAUUUUGGCAAAAUGGGGAGAAAAGAUGCUGAAAGAUUACUUCUGAAUCCUGGGAAUCAGCGAGGUAUAUUCUUAGUAAGAGAAAGUGAAACUACUAAAGGUGCUUAUUCCCUCUCAAUUCGUGAUUGGGAUGAGGUAAGGGGUGACAAUGUGAAGCAUUACAAAAUCAGAAAACUUGACAACGGUGGAUACUACAUCACGACCAGAGCUCAGUUUGAUACUCUACAGAAACUGGUGAAGCAUUACACAGAACAUGCUGAUGGAUUAUGCCACAAAUUAACAACCGUCUGUCCAACUGUGAAACCGCAGACUCAAGGUCUCGCAAAAGACGCUUGGGAAAUCCCUCGAGAGUCUUUGCGACUCGAGGUUAAACUAGGUCAAGGAUGCUUUGGUGAAGUGUGGAUGGGAACAUGGAAUGGAACCACAAAAGUAGCAAUCAAAACACUAAAGCCAGGUACAAUGAUGCCAGAAGCAUUCCUUCAAGAAGCUCAGAUAAUGAAAAAAUUAAGACACGAUAAACUUGUUCCGCUCUAUGCAGUUGUUUCUGAAGAGCCAAUUUAUAUUGUCACUGAGUUUAUGUCAAAAGGAAGCUUGUUAGAUUUCCUUAAAGAAGGAGAUGGAAAGUAUUUGAAGCUUCCACAGCUGGUUGAUAUGGCUGCUCAGAUUGCUGAUGGCAUGGCAUAUAUUGAAAGAAUGAACUAUAUUCACCGAGAUCUCCGAGCUGCUAAUAUUCUUGUGGGAGAAAAUCUUGUAUGCAAAAUAGCAGAUUUUGGCUUAGCAAGACUAAUUGAAGACAAUGAAUACACAGCAAGACAAGGUGCAAAAUUUCCAAUCAAGUGGACAGCUCCUGAGGCUGCGCUUUAUGGUCGAUUUACGAUAAAGUCAGAUGUGUGGUCAUUUGGAAUUCUACAGACAGAGCUGGUAACAAAAGGAAGAGUGCCGUAUCCAGGCUUCUGCAGACAGCUCACACAUGAUGGUCAACUCAGACUGAUUGGUCCAGAGAAAGGAAAGGUGUGUAGAACGUCUGGCCAGAGCAGCCAUUCUCAAUGCUGUGCGGGACCUCUGGGCAAAGCAAAAAGGAAAGGUAAUGAUUUUAUAAUGUGGCUACAACUCAAGAUACAUGACUGUAGUCAGAAACUUGUUGGAGCAGGGUCAAAGAAAAGAGGGAAGGGACAACAAUGGUAAGGAAGCAGUUAGGGAUAGCAGGACUCAUAGAGGGUGUUAGGGAUGGGGUGGGAAUGUUAGGGAUCAGGUGGGAAAUGAGCCAGAUGUCUGGUGUCACCAGUCACCAUUAGUGUAUUCAUAUCAGACAAAAAUGACUGCCUUAUGUAUAUUUUAUAACUCUUUUCUUUAUAAUCAAGCCUUUAUGGAAGCUACGUGUGGACAUGGUAAGUAGAGUCUUUAAUAUUAUAGUUAUUUCUAGAGGUAAUAUUUUAUAGAUUACCUGGUUGUUUUGAUAAUCAGUAAGAAUAUUUAGGACUAGUCUGUUGAUCAUUGAUUAUAAAAUAAAAACAGAAAAAAAAGUAUUUUUUCCACAAGGGGCAUGAACCCAAGACCUUGCAUGCUAGACAAGCACUCUACCACUAACCUAUGUUCCCAGACCAUAAUGUUCUCUUUCUGAUAAUUUGAAAUAUCAGAUACCUGUGCUGUGCAGGCAAGCAGGUAAGGAUGGAUGGGAGGCAAUAAGUUCAAGUCCUGCUUUCUUCUAAAGGGUGCUUACAACAUCAUAUAAACUCUGAACUCUUAUUGCUUGAGACAACUAUCGGAACCAUUAGGAGCCUCAGUAUCAGUUUAAAUAUCAAAUGACAAUAGAAUGUCAUAAAUUUUGAAAAGCCACAUACUUUUACUAGGACAUCUCUUUUAGUAAAUCUAAAAGCACGAUCUGAUCAAGUCAUUGCAGUUUCCACCAUGUAGUUCCUUCAGGUCAGGAGCUUGAUACUGAAUUCCAAAGGUAUACAGUUGGCUGUUUUCUUUCCCAGUGACCAAUAUUUGUAGCAGGAAUGAGCACCUGAUUGUUAAGGAGGAUUUUAAAAAAAUUAUUAGUGCUAGUUUAUGCUGCUAGUCUAUACUUGGGACCUUCAGAAUGACAGGACCAGACAGACACAUAGACCCCAAAGAUCCCUUCCUGGAAAGGAUAAGCCCGUGAGAUUAGUGUAAGCAUCAAUAAAUAAUCUGCCUGUGGAUUGAUAUGGUCCUUUCUCCUAUGCCACCAGGAUCCAGAGAUGCUGUUGUCCUGUGUUGAUUUCUUGAUCUGAUGUCUUGACAAAACAGGGUGCUUACGGUGAGUUAUGUGUAUGCCAUGGGUCUGCUGAUAUCCUGGUGCUUAUCAAGGAGUGCAUACAGCAGAUGCAGACUCAUUAUCUAAAUGAGGGAUUUAUGAUCUCCCCCCCACACACAGAAAUACUGUAGAAUGGUCAACUUGGUAAAAAAGAAAGAGGUACAUUAUGGGGAAAUGUCUUCUCUGUGCUAUCAAUGCCUACUUUUGAACGUCCAUGUCUUCUGGGGUGCACAUAGUGCUCCCACAUACUCUGUACUAAGUAUUAGAUCCUCAGUCAUACAUGUAAAUCUGGAUGAAGAGGCCAUCUAAUGUAAUGUGGCUGGAGGGCUCAGUUCAGCAACCAUUCAAGGAGGCUUUGCUUUGUGUUGCACUGUGGGAUAGGGAAUUUUGAGAAGCAGUACCUUCAGCAAAUACCCUCAUUGUCCCAGCUUGACACACUGGGAGGUGGACUUAUGGCAGCAGGUAUGUAAAGGGCAGUGAGGAGAACAACUAGAUAUCCCUUGGGGAACAACUUAGUCCCAGAAAAUUCUAAUUCUGAAGUUCUCUGGAAAGUCUCAAAUGUUAUAGGCUGUGUUUUUCAGAAAAACAAAUGCUGAGACAUGGCUACCCUGCCUACACUGUAUCAUGUGCCUGGCUGGGGUAUUCAGACAGCACGCUGAAAUAGAUAAGCUUUUAAGCCUGGCUUUACCUACAGGCCCAAGCAGUAGAAACGAGCUAGUUGAUGUAUAUUUCACACCACUAUCAUCAUACUUGACUCUGACACCAAAUAAAUAGACACACACACCAAUUUCCUUGGACAACAAUUUAGUCUUCAUGGCCUAAUCUUUUUCACUCUCCAAUUGUGCAAUUCCAGAUUAUCAUGAGUCUCUGACCUACGUAGCUAGAACACAGAUUUCUACAGUCCAAACCCCUGAGUUUUAUUAUUCCCUAGUACAGCUCACAGAACUCUUGAUUUACAUUCACCAGUUUAUUACAAAAGAUGUAAUUUAGGAUGGCCAGGUAAAGUGGAUCCACAAAACAAAGCAUGGAGGAGUAGCAGUAUGGAGCGUCCCCUCUCAGUGUACUUCCAGAUACUCUAACACGUUCACUAACCCUGAAGUUUCCUGGACUCUGUCCUUCUGGACUUCUAUAGAGGAGUCCUUGGCUUUUGGUAAGCAAUUCAACCAUCCACCUUUCUCUAGAAGUUUCAGGGUAGGACUAAAAUUUCUAACCCUUUGGUCAUAGCUUAGUCUAAUUGUGACCAAUAAAGAAGGGACUGAAUUUUAGGGUCAAUUUAUUGGUAUACAAAAGACGCUAUCACUAAGGAGAUCUGUGCUUUAGGUGCUGUGUGCUAGGAAAUAAUAUGGGAAGGCAGAGUGCAGAAGGGAGCAAAUGCCAGAAUGUGUGUUCUUAAAGCACACUGGCUUUCUGGGAGAGUUUUGCUGUUUCCUAUUAGCCUUUCUACAUAAUUCUGUAUCCAAGGCUAAUAGUUGCCAUUUUUGAUGAGAAUUAUUACAAGGUAAAUUUGGAGCAGAUGUUCCGCGAGGACUAGCCUCUAUCUGACCAAGAAGAGGCUGGCUGAUGAGUCGAUUCCAAGAGAUCAUGAUUUCAGGACUUCAGCAAAAGGAAUGUGUAGGAUGUGUUGUGCCUUGUAGAUAACUACCUCCAGGAUUCUCCAGAACUACAAAUCAUGUAGUUGAAACUUCCACUUAGAGUAAAAGAAUCUCUGGGUGUUUGUUAUGAGUAAGAGAAAACAAGAUAGUAGGUACCUGUGUAUGUUCAGUGUUAAAAAAAACUGUUUCUGACUGAAAUCUUUCCUUCCCUCUUUCCUCCAGCUACUCUCCUUCAAAACUCCCCCAUGCCCUACCCCAAUUCUCAAGUUGAUAGUCUUUUUCUUUAUCACUCUUACAUACAUAAUGUAUGUGUAUGUAUACUAUUAUACCUAUAUAUACUAUUAUAUACUGCUGAGUUCAUUUUUGAUAGUAGUGUGUAUAUGACUUCAGGGCUGACCACUCUGCAUUGGAUAAUCAAUAAGGAAAGAGUUUGCUUCUCAUCCUAGUAGUAAUUUGUGGCCCAUAGUUCUUUGUCUAGGGGUGGGACCCUACAAAAAUUUCUUCCUUCCAUGUUAUUGCCUUUCUUCUGGUCUUGUUUGUGUAGUCAUUUCUAGGAGAGACUUUCUGGCAUUCUGCCCCUUACAAUCUUUGUUCCUUCUUCCAAGAUGUUCCCUGAGCUAUUGAUGCAGGAGCUUUGAUAUACACUAUCCUUUGGGGUUGGUUUCCCAUGAUCUGUUGAUCUCUGCAUUGUAUCAAUUUGUGAUUGUCUAUGAUUACUGUAAAAACAGUCUCCUUUGAUGGGUGUUAGUAACUACAAUUAUCCAAUAUAAGAUGAUUUCUUUACCUGUGUGAACCUUUUACGAGCCAAAUGAUCUUCUUAGUAUACAGAGAGAUUGGGCACUUUAAGGAGUAGAAGACCUAGGCUCUGUCUGCAGUGACACAAACACAGCCUUGGUACUCACUAAACAGAUGCUUGUGAAGAAGAAAUUGGAUAAUAGUCCUUUGGGAUGAUAUUCUCUUUUCCACUAACAGUGCUCAGGCUGGGCCAACCACACUCCAGCAGUCACAAGGAACAGAUAUAGAUGCCUAGGUCUCAAGAUAUAAUUGGACAUCAAGGCAGAUUAGGGUUUUUUUUGGUGGUGGCGGGGUCCUUGUGAGUGGCCAAAUAUGCCAUCAGAGAGAACUCUAUAGGACAUACAGACCAUAUUCUGUUGCUCCUCUUUGUGUGACCAAGUCCCUUUCCAUUUCUGGAGCCCUUCACCAUAAGGAACAGAUUUUUCCAACUGUGCUCACUGGAGACCAAACUUUCUGUGCAAAUAACUAGCAAAUGUAUGGGCCUUGUGAACUCUACUUGCCUCUUCUAUUUGGACCAGGGCCUAUUUGUUCUUACCUCUUUGGCAUAACAGAAUUUCAGGGAGCUGUAUUAGAAAUGUAACUGCUCUUUCUGGUUCCUUAACUGUGGGUCAGCACAUAAUUCAGAGCCAUUGCCCUGAUACUGAAUAAAGAGAUGCAGUUUGCAGUUAUUAUCACAAACUUGUCUAAAGUUUGGGAAGGACAGAGGUUACUGGAAAACAUGGUCUAUGAAUGAUUCACACAGACUCACUUCUAUAGAAAAUCCAGGUGUUCUUGCCAAGUUAGAGACUUAUUUAAUCUAAGUGUAUUUGUAGGUUUAAAGUAAAAGUUGGGGCUGAAUUUAGGAUGACAUACAGAGAUGCUGCCUCAUCAGGGACAUGAAUGGACCAGAAAAGACUUUGGGAAACACAGAAACACACACACACACACACACACACACACACACACACACACACACACACACAUAUAUAUAUAUAUAUAUUAUAUAUAUAUGUAUCAAGAUAUUAUGAUAUGGAAGCUUGAUGAAUGUUUUCUGUGACUCUAACUCAGGGAUGUGUCCAUGUUAGAUAAGCACUAUACCAUUGAGUUGUAACAUUCACCCCCAGCCUGAAGUCUUUUGUUUCAACCGAGGAUUAAGAACAUGGACAUUUUUAUAAUUUAUGGUGAUCUUGUAAAGGCGAACUCUUUGUAAAAGCUGUAGGAUCUGUUUAGUUUUAGUUUUGUAAUUAUACAGAGCCAAUUAAGUCUGAUCGAGCAAGAGACCAUCUUUUUGCUAAUACAGGUGAGCCUGAACAAGCAGUCUUCUAUUGACACCACCCUAGUGUGUAAAUCAUUAACCUCUCUUAAGCAGCUUAUUAGGAGAUAGGUUCUAAGCAGCCAUUCUUUGAUGAAUCAUUGUAUUUUAGCUGAGGUAAAUAAAAGUAUUCAUCAUUCCUAUGUAUUAGAAUUUUUAUUGUAUGUAAAACAUUUUUGUUAAGAGUCACAACCAGAUUCUUUAUGUUUUAAAAAAUAAGGCUUGUUUUCUGAGUUAAAAUUUUGGAGUACUUAAUGUACGAUCAGAAGUCUCAUUAUUUAUACAUGAAAUAGCAAUGCUUUUAUUUCAUGAGGUCAUCCUCAUUCAAAUAAUUUAUGACAAAAUUUGAUCUUGAGACUGCUAUACUGUGGUUCUCAGAGUAUCCUGUAAGGGAACUCUUACCACUUAGACUAUUUAUAGAAUCUCAUUCCUUGUCCAUCUUCUGGAAGUGUAAUGAGGGUGAUGGCAGAGGGGUGGGCCUUGUCUCAAGCUCUGCACAGCAAUUCUCUGGCUUCGGGUAAUAUGAUAAUGAGGAGAAAGCCAAAGCCGAAAAGGCAGGGCCUGGGCUUAAACUCACCAACAGCUUGGCCUACUGUUCUUGAGUAACUUACUUAAGUUUCUUUAUAAGCCAGUUUUUAUUUGUAAAACAGUGCAAUGUAAGCUGCCUGAACAAAAACCUAUUAAGUGCCAAGUAGAAUGGGUAUUUCACUAAUGAGUAUUUAUUAUGUCAGAUUCCUGUGGGCAAUAGUCAGUGUGAACAAACUCAGUGUUGACUAUUCAUAUGGUUCAAAAGAUAACAAAGGGGAAUUGGUGAGAUGGCUCAGUAGUUAAAGUAUCUGCUGUCCAGUUUAAGAACCUGAAUUCAAUCUCCAGGAUCAUUAUUGUAGAAGGAAAGAACUGACCACCACAGUUGUCCUGUAACUUCCACACAUAUGUGUGCAUACACAUAUACAUGGGAGGAAACACAUGCUACAUAAGUAAAAUAAGGAGCUAGGGAGAUGGCUCUGUGAUUAAGAGCAUUUUCUGUUCUUGCAGAGGAUCCAGGUUCUGUUCCAGUCUUCAUAAUCAGCUAUAAUUCUAGUUCCAGUAGAUUGGAUGCCCUCUCCUGGUUUCUGCUGGCAUCAGAUGCACAUUAUGGCAAAACACUCAUAUGCUUAAAACAAAAAUAAAGCACUCAGUGGAUCCAACUGAAAGGUUGGCAAAAAGGUUAGCAAAAAGUCUCUUGCUCUGAGCAGAUUUUAAUUGGCCUUGUAGAAUUAUAAAACUAAAACUGAUCAGAUCCCAUAGCUUUUAAAAAGAAUUCACCUAUCACAAGAUCAGCAUAAGUUAUUAAAAUGUCCAUGUUCUUAAUCCUUGGUUGGAACAAAAGACUUCAGGCUGGGGGUGAAUUUUUAUAGCUCAAUGGUAAAGUGCUUAUAUAGCAUGAACACUUCACUGAGUAAGCACAUCUCAUAACCCAGCCCAGGGCACUUGUAGACAUCACAGCCGUUCUAUAAACAAUUCACAUCUCUUCCCUCACAUAUGGCUCAGAUCUGAAGCCAGAUUUCUAAUCCUAGUGUCUGCACUUCUCUUUUUUGAGAACUCUGGGCUAGACUCUCACAAAAGAAAUGCCAGAGAAGUCUUCCUAAUCAGUAGGUUGCAUUAAAUUAAGGCAUCUUCUCUCUGUAGCCACAGCACUAUAGAGCGUUGGGAUGUGCCUAAGGAUGUCAAUACUGGCUGAAUUUAAGCCAUUGUGGAUUGAGAAGCCCACAUCCCAGAAUGACAUCAUAGGUCAUGCAACUAUUUCUGAGGUAAUAAAGCUGCUGCUUCUGCUAUCUCAGUCAUUUACUGUUUGUUUAGUGUUCUUGAGAGAUCAGGACAAUUCCUAAAAUCCUCAAAAAUUCUCACGGCACAAGUCCCUCAUACAAAUAAAAGUUGAUGUUUGCACCAAAAAUAGAACCCCUAUUGUAAAUGAAAUGUUAAUCACAGGCCUUCUUGGGCCAUAAAGGAACUGUUCCCAUUCUAUCUUGAGUGAAAAUGGCUUCAGGGCCAUCUAGUUUUAUCCCUUUUAGAGUGUUGCCUUCUAAGACUGAUACAGUCUGUAUGGAAUAUAUCUUCAAUCAUUCAUACAGUGAUCCUAUCAAGUUGCUAGUGUGUCCUCAAAAUGAUUUUCCACAACACCCAGUUAGCUUUUAUGCUAGCUAGGGUACCAGGGAAGUGUUUCUGUCAGUCAGAUUGCCUUACCCCCAACAGUUUAGCCUAUUUAAAGGAAAAAUAAAGAUUCAAAGAGAGAUAUGUACAAUAAAGGUUUAUCAUUAACAGUAUUUUAAUAAUGUUUAACUCCUGUUCCAGUUCUCCAGGGACAGGUUGGUCUCUCUAAUCUGCCUUAAUAUUUGGUAGACUAGGUAGGUUAAAUAUAUUUUCUGCUUAUGCUCUUUCCACUUUACAGUAUGUUUAUCAAGAUCUUAUCAAGAUAAAGAGCACCUGUACUUUAUUUGCCCAGAAUAAAACAAAAAGUAUGGAUUCCCCCAGAGGACUCAAAUCAGGCUUUUUUUUUUUUUUUUUUUUUUUUUUUUGGUUCUUUUUUUUCGGAGCUGGGGACCGAACCCAGGGCCUUGCGCUUCCUAGGCAAGCGCUCUACCACUGAGCUAAAUCCCCAACCCCAAAUCAGCCUUUCAAACAAGAGAUUGCCUGGCUAUUUUCUGAGAGCCUUGAAACAAUUUCACAGUCAUCUGGGGCCAUCUGCAUUGCCUUAAGGGUUCAGCUAGAUUCUAAUAUAUGAGAGCAUCUCAGAAACUGUGUCAGGGUGAGUGGCUGCUGCUGCUUAGUCCUUCACACUCAUCUUCAUAACCAGAGCACCAGUUGGCUCAUUUGUAAACUGAAAUUCCAUCCUCAGACCCAAGCAUGGUCUGUAAGAAACUAAAGGCUGUGGAAUUGAUGGAGAAAUAAGGCAAAACUGGUUAUGAAAUUUGAGUCAUUAGACCACAAGAACUCAUCAUCUCAAAAACCUGGCACCAAGGCCUGGAGACUUAAGCCUAUCACUCCCCCGGGCAUGGGUUUGGCCAGCAUCCGCCUCUAAUCUCUCUCUUGUUUAUACAUUGUACUGGCAAUAGGCAGCUGACACAGCAGCUAGAGCAGAAGCUGAGGGCUCACAUCUCACAUAUGAAGGGUAUGUGCUCAAAGCUCGCCCCAGUGACAUAUUUCUUCCAGCAA